UCGACGCCCAUGUAAGUGACAUUCGCCUUGAACGUCUCGUCCGUACUUUAACUACAGCUCUUUUGUCGAUGUUGUUGGAGAAAUGUCACUCCGUACAGCUGUUCGUCUCUUCAGCGCUCCCGUCAGGAGUGUUUUGCAGUCCUGCAAUACUAAUAUAAAGAGACAUUACGCUGCAGUCGAGCACGCGCUGUCUGUACUGGAAACAGAGCUGGACGGUAUCCGUGCAGCGGGCACGUGGAAGGGAGAGAGAGUGAUCACGUCCAAGCAGGGUCCUCAUAUCUGCGUAGACGGAAGUAGCGGGGACAUACUGAACUUCUGUGCAAAUAACUACUUGGGUUUAUCCAGCCAUCCAGAGGUGGUGCAGGCAGGAAUUGAUGCCCUGCAGAAAUAUGGAGCUGGACUUAGCUCUGUUCGCUUCAUCUGUGGCACCCAGAGCCUUCACAAGAACUUGGAACAGAAGCUAGCUCAGUUCCACGAAAGAGAAGACUGCAUUCUGUACGCCAGCUGCUUUGAUGCCAACGCUGGUCUGUUUGAGGUUCUGCUGGGUCCUGAUGAUGCGGUGCUGUCUGAUGAACUAAACCACGCCUCCAUUAUCGACGGCGUUCGACUGUGUCGUGCCAAGAGGUUCCGGUACAAACACAUGGACCUGAAUGACCUGGAGGAAAAGCUGAGAGAAUCACAGUCCUCUCGUCUGAGGUUGGUGGUCACAGAUGGUGUUUUCUCCAUGGAUGGAGAUGUGGCUCCUCUGCAGGGUAUCUGUGAUCUGGCUGAACAGUAUGGAGCGCUGGUCUUCAUCGAUGAAUGUCACGCCACCGGCUUCCUUGGUCCCCGUGGCCGAGGAACAGAUGAGCUUUUUGGGGUGAUGAACAGGGUGCACAUUGUCAAUUCCACGCUGGGAAAAGCAUUAGGAGGAGCUGCAGGUGGUUACACGGUUGGUCCUAAAGCUUUAAUAGAUCUGCUGAGACAGCGGUCUCGUCCGUACCUCUUCUCUAACUCUCUUCCCCCUCCCGUGGUGGGAUGUUCCAUCCGUGCCGUGGAACUGCUGCUGGCAUCCAAUGAAAUCGCGCAGAGCAUGGCGGCCAAAACCAUGAGGUUCAGAAACAACAUGACCCAGGCAGGCUUUACCAUCUCUGGCACAGCUCAUCCCAUUUGCCCCGUGAUGCUGGGUGAUGCUCGCCUGGCUUCUCUUAUGGCUGAUGACAUGCUAAAACUAGGUGUGUAUGUGAUCGGAUUCUCCUACCCAGUUGUUCCUAAAGGAAAAGCCCGUAUUCGAGUCCAGAUCUCUGCAGCUCACACCGAUGAAGACAUUGAUCGUACUAUAGAUGCCUUCAUACAGACCGGCAGAAAGCAUGGUGUCAUUUCCUAAUGUCAGGAGCACACAGGCUGAGAUUGGAGGAACUGCUACGGUCGUUUUUUGGAGUGACCUGUUAGAGCGAGGCUUCAGUUACAUAAUAUAUCAAAGCAAAAAUGCUUUUGUGGCUACUGUGAUUUAUUAUAAAGGUCAAAUUUGAUUAUUUUUCAGAAUUAACUGAAUAAAUGCUCUUGUUGAUGAUUCAUA